GGAACUUCUAGUUUCCAGUGACGAGUAGGAGAGUGAUAAUCACCAGAGAGAGCAGCUGAUUAAAAAACACUGACUUCCAGAGGGUGGCGAUAAAUCAAUCCAGACAUCAUCAGUCCUGAACUUUGAGAAAGUAGGCAGUAAAUAGAAACUCCAUUUAAGGAACACAACAGUCUGCGGUCAAGAUGUGGUGGCUGAUCAUGUUUUUAGUGACGUUUUCUUUUCAAGUUGCUGAGUCUUACCCAGAUAAAUACUGGCCAUGGUGGAAAUACGACAUUCCACCACGCAGAGAAAUACAACAAAACUACGAUGAGUGUGUGGCUGAGGGCAGUAAUGGGAAAGAGUACAGGGGGACAAUGGCUACAGCAUUUAAUGGGGACAGAUGUCUCCACUGGAACAAGGUUCAAUACCUAAUGGCAGAAGAUGUCGCUCAGGGGCUUGGAUCACACAACCACUGCAGAAAUCUAGACGACAGGGCUAUGCCAUGGUGCUGGGUCCGAAGCAACAGACGAAAGAUUCGCAAGUUCUGUAACAUUCCCCAAUGUGAAGCAAAGCCAACUAAAAGACCAGCAACACCUGACACACCAAAGCAAGAUACUGAAAAAACAUGUGGAGAAAGUAGUUAUGAAGUAAGGAGGAAUAAGAUUGUAGGAGGAUUAAGGACUUCAAUCGAGUCUUUUCCUUGGAUUGCGUCAAUUUUUAAAAAUGAAAUGUUUUCGUGUGGAGGCACCCUCAUUGCACCUGGAUGGGUACUCACUGCAGCCCACUGCUUUUCUGGAGGUAAAAGAAUAAAGUUGGAGCAAUACACUGUCUAUAUGGGAAAGAAUGCAAUAAACGAGACCGAUCCCAGCAAAGAGCAGAAGUUUAAAGUGGCCAAACUGGUGAUUCACGAGGACUAUGAUAACAUAGCAGAAAAUUUCAACCAUGACAUAGCUUUGUUGAAAAUUGUGGACAGUAAAGGGCAGGGUGCACAGAAGACAGCAACAGUGAGGACAGCAUGUCUUCCUCCAGCCCGGCAGAUGAGGCCCUAUGGAGCUUACUGUACCAUUGCUGGCUACGGCAGAGAGAAAAGCAAUUCAAUAUUCUAUUCCCGGUUCCUGAAGGAGGCUAAAGUGGAGCUCAUAUCACAGAGUGUCUGCCAGCAAAAGGAGUAUUAUGGACAAAAUGUCACAAACAACAUGUUCUGUGCAGGAAGUCCAACAUGGACAGAGGAUGCUUGUCAGGGAGACUCAGGAGGCCCUCUGUUGUGUGAAGUGAAUGGUCGAAUGUUUCUCUAUGGAAUUAUCAGCUGGGGAGAGGAAUGUGCUUCUCAGUUUAAACCGGGCGUCUACACUAAAGUCACCAACUACAACAACUGGAUUGCAAAACACACCGGCCUGCCUUUCUUCACCAAGGGCAUCAUGUACCCACGGAAAGAUUAGGCGCGCUCCUCGGGGUGGGCUCAUUAAGGCUCCACUGGCAUUAUGGUUUACAGCCUCUACAGAAAGCAUGUGCAGCUUUCUUAAAUAGCACUUUUGACCAUUGAAUGGUUUUUUUAAAGAUAAAUACAGGGUGGAUGGAAGAGCUACCUCGGAUCGUUGGUAAAGCCCAGCCGUUUUUGUGCAUAUGCUGUUCAGAGCUUGAGGAGUCAAAACUCAGAUACAAAACCAAGAUGUAUUUUAACUUAGUAAGCGGUUGAUGAGAAUGAAGUAGCAUACAUAACUUGAUAAGGACAGGGCAGCGCAUGUUUCUGUCACUGGAAUAUUAUAUUUAAAUAUUGUGUAUUCAAAUAUUUAUUUACUGUUUGUUUUUUAUUUAUACAUUUACAUUUUUAUACAUAAAAGGCAGGACCUUUUUAUGCUGAUAUGUUGUGUUUGAUGUUAUAUUUAAUGAUGAGUUGAUAUAGCAAUGUUAUAUCAGAAU